UUUUUUCCAGACUGCGCGUAAAGCUGCGCGUAGCGCGCCUCGUGUUGGCCGAGCCCCGUUUGUAGGAUCUUAAAAGGCGUCUGACCGUGCGAGCUGGACAGGGAUCCGCACAGCUCGCGGCGCUUUGGUCCAGCUCGAAUGCGCCUGACCUUCAGAGACGGAGUUAAGAUGGUAGCGGUUUGGAGAGCGCGCACGGACCUGCGCUUCUGACGCUCCGCUUUUGGUGCCUGGUGGAUGGAUCGCAGCUCGUGAGUGACAGAGAUCUGUGGGAACGAUGCUGGCGAGGAAGAGUAUCAUCCCUGAGGAGUUCUCCCUGCCGGCCCUGGUGUCGCGGGUCCCCAGGAAGCCCGUGUUCAGGGACCGGGUGAACAAGGCCCGCUUCAUCGCCAAGAGCGGCGCCUGUAAUCUCGCCCACAAGAACAUCCGUGAGCAGGGCCGCUUUCUGCAGGACGUCUUCACCACGCUCGUGGACCUCAAGUGGCGCUUCACCCUCGUCAUCUUCACCAUGACCUUUCUCUGCAGCUGGCUGCUCUUCGCCAUGGGCUGGUGGCUGGUGGCUUUCGCCCACGGGGAUCUGGACCCCAACAGGCAGCCCGGCGUCGAGCAGUGCGUCACCUAUGUGAAGUCCUUUACCUCCGCCUUCCUCUUCUCCAUUGAGGUGCAGGUCACCAUUGGCUUUGGUGGCCGCAUGAUCACCGAGCAGUGCCCGACUGCCAUCACUGUGCUGAUUCUGCAGAACAUUGCUGGACUCAUCAUCAACGCCAUCAUGUUGGGCUGCAUCUUCAUGAAGACGGCGCAGUCCCACCGUCGCGCUGAGACGCUCAUCUUCAGCCGCCAGGCCUGCAUCGCCUUGCGCAACAACCGCCUCUGCUUCAUGAUCCGUGUGGGCGACCUGCGCAAGAGCAUGAUCAUUGGUGCCGUUGUGCGCCUCCAGGUGGUCCGCAAGACCGUCACCCCAGAAGGAGAGGUCAUCCCCAUCCACCAGAUAGAUGUUCAGACCGAGAGCGCCGUGACCAGCAACAGCAUUUUCCUCUUGGCGCCCCUCGUCAUCUGCCAUGUCAUAGACAAGGAUAGCCCCUUGUAUGACCUGUCCGCCAUGGAGCUGCAGUGCAGCGACCUGGAGGUCAUUGUCAUCCUGGAAGGUGUGGUGGAGACCACAGGCAUCACCACCCAGGCCCGGACUUCCUACGUGACCGAGGAGAUCCAGUGGGGCCAUCGGUUUGUGCCCAUUGUCACUGAAGAGGAGGGCAUCUACUCAGUGGACUACUCCAAGUUUGGCAACACAGUGAAGGUGGCCACACCACGCUGCAGUGCCCGUGAGCUGGAUGAGAAGCCUUCCAUCCUCAUCCAGACGCUGCAGAAGAGUGAGCUUUCGCAUCAGAACUCGCUGCGCAAGAGGAACUCCAUGCGCCGCAACAACUCCAUGCGCAAGGCCAACUCUAUGCGCCGCAACAACUCCUCGCUGGCCAUCCCAAAAGUCCAGUUCCUCGCCCCUGAGGGGGCACUGAAUAUGGCUGUCACAUGACAUGAGGCAUGGCUACCCUGGGCCAUCCUCCUGAUUUUAGAAGGUUCAGGGACUCUCCAUUCUCCUUUCACUCUCCAGGGCCUGACCCUUCUUCUCUUUCUAUCUCUACCACGCCUGUCGUGAUGGAGAAGCAACUGUUAAUCUACUUUCUUUCUUGUUCGUUUGUGAGUUGCACAGAAUCAGUUAACUUAGGAAUAAACCGUGACAUCUUGGUUUCAGA